UAAUGAACGUUGUAUUCCGUAUGCUUAACCCAUUGGGUAUUGCCUUUGUAGUCAUUCUAGCGCCCCUGCUCAGUACACGCCCUCUUGGAGGUGUGUUCAAUAUUCUGCCGCAAGUUGCGGCAUUUACAUUGCGUUACACAAAUACUUCAAAGCCAUUAAGUUUCCCCAAUAGGCGUAUAUUGCCAGAAUUUGCCAAACCUGAGACUAUAGAGCGCCUUUGUAAGAUUCUUGAGAGAAAGUUCGGCCAAGAAGCUAAAAACGUAGACCCGUCUUGCAAGUUUCUACAGGAGUUCGACGCUGACCAAUUGGAUGAGGUCGAAGUCUUGCUCUCCAUUGAAGAAGAAUUUGACUUGACAAUCCCAGAUUACGACUUUGCCGAGUUAAGGACUAUUAAAGAAAUAGCAGAUUACCUAGAACGUAAGCUAGAACGUCGACAAGACAUCUGAUAUCAUAUUGAUGU